AUGAGAUUGGUUCUGUAUUACCUGAUAGUGUUGGGGUCCAGUUAUGUGAUUUCAACCUAUGGGCCCCAUCAGAGAGCACAGAUGACUGGUGAUAUUUUGCUCGGGGGUCUUUUCCCCAUACACUUUGGAGUUGCAUCCAAAGACCAAGACCUCGCAGCUCGGCCCGAGUCCACACAGUGUGUCAGGUUCAAUUUCCGUGGUUUCCGUUGGCUACAGGCCAUGAUUUUUGCGAUUGAUGAGAUUAACAACAGCAGUACUCUCCUGCCCAACAUCACCCUCGGCUACAGGAUCUUUGACACGUGCAACACAGUGUCAAAAGCCCUGGAAGCUACGCUUAGUUUUGUGGCCCAAAAUAAGAUAGACUCCCUGAAUUUAGAUGAAUUUUGCAACUGCACUGAUCACAUCCCAGCAACCAUUGCAGUAGUCGGAGCAGCUGGAUCCGCAGUCUCCACAGCUGUCGCAAACCUACUGGGUCUUUUUUAUAUUCCUCAGAUCAGCUAUGCCUCUUCUAGUCGCCUACUGAGCAACAAGAAUCAGUACAAGUCCUUCAUGAGAACCAUUCCUACAGAUGAGUACCAGGCCACAGCCAUGGCAGACAUCAUUGGGUACUUUGAGUGGAACUGGGUCAUUGCUGUGGCCUCAGAUGACGAAUAUGGACGCCCAGGGAUUGAAAAGUUUGAGAAGGAGAUGGAGGAGCGAGACAUCUGCAUUCACCUAAAUGAACUUAUUUCUCAGUAUUUUGAGGAUCAUGAAAUCCAAGCGCUGGCUGACAGGAUUGAGAACUCCACAGCUAAAGUCAUCGUGGUGUUUGCCAGCGCCCCAGAUAUCGAGCCUUUAAUCAAAGAGAUGGCGAGGAGAAACAUCACAGAUCGUAUCUGGUUAGCCAGUGAAGCGUGGGCUAGCUCCUCUCUUAUCGCUAAACCAGAGUAUCUUGGUGUUGUAGCAGGGACUAUUGGGUUCGUUCUAAAGGCAGGGAAUAUUCCUGGCUUAAGAGAGUUCUUGCAGCAAGUGCAACCAAAGAGAGACAGUCAUAAUGAAUUUGUCAGGGAGUUUUGGGAAGAAACCUUCAACUGUUAUCUGGAAGACAGCCUGAGACAGCAAGAAAGUGAGAAUGGCAGCACAAGUUUCAGGCCUUGUUGUACUGGUGAGGAAGACAUCACAAGUGUUGAGACCCCGUACCUGGACUACACACACCUUCGUAUCUCCUAUAACGUGUAUGUUGCAGUUUAUUCCAUUGCACAGGCCCUGCAGGACAUACUCACCUGCACUCCUGGACAUGGACUCUUUGCCAACAAUUCCUGUGCAGAUAUAAAGAAAAUGGAAGCAUGGCAGGCCCUGAAGCAGCUCAGACAUUUGAACUACACCAACAGCAUGGGGGAAAAGAUGCACUUUGAUGAGAACGCAGACCUGGCAGCAAACUACACCAUUAUAAACUGGCACAGGUCUGCUGAGGACGGCUCUGUGGUGUUUGAGGAGGUCGGAUACUACAACGUGCACUUCAAGAGAGGAGCCAAACUGUUCAUUGACAAGACAAAGAUUUUGUGGAAUGGAUACAGUUCUGAGGUGCCAUUCUCUAAUUGCAGUGAGGACUGUGAACCUGGAACAAGAAAGGGGAUCAUUGACAGUAUGCCCACAUGCUGCUUUGAAUGCACUGAGUGCUCAGAUGGAGAGUACAGUAAUCAUAAAGAUGCCAGUGUUUGCAUCAAGUGUCCAUAUAACUCUUGGUCCAAUGGGAAUCACACAUUCUGCUUACUGAAGGAAAUCGAGUUUCUCUCCUGGACAGAACCAUUCGGGAUAGCUUUGGCUAUAUGUGCAGUACUGGGUGUGCUCUUGACAGCCUUUGUGAUGGGAGUCUUCGUCAGAUUCCGCAACACCCCAAUAGUGAAGGCCACAAACCGAGAACUGUCCUACGUUCUCCUGUUCUCACUAAUCUGUUGCUUCUCAAGCUCCCUCGUCUUCAUCGGAGAGCCACGGGAUUGGACGUGCCGUUUACGGCAACCUGCCUUUGGGAUCAGUUUUGUUCUCUGUAUAUCUUGCAUCCUUGUGAAAACUAACAGAGUACUUCUGGUAUUUGAAGCCAAGAUCCCUACAAGUCUCCAUCGUAAAUGGUGGGGAUUAAACCUGCAGUUUCUGUUGGUGUUUCUGUGCACAUUUGUUCAAGUCAUGAUAUGUGUGGUAUGGCUUUACAAUGCCCCUCCUUCCAGCUACAAGAAUCACGACAUUGAUGAGAUCAUUUUUAUCACCUGCAAUGAGGGAUCUGUGAUGGCUCUUGGGUUUCUUAUUGGCUACACAUGCCUCCUGGCAGCUAUAUGUUUCUUUUUUGCAUUCAAGUCACGGAAACUUCCAGAAAACUUUACAGAGGCCAAGUUUAUCACCUUCAGCAUGCUCAUAUUCUUUAUUGUCUGGAUCUCUUUUAUCCCUGCGUACUUUAGUACUUAUGGCAAGUUUGUUUCAGCUGUGGAGGUCAUUGCUAUACUGGCAUCCAGCUUUGGGAUGCUGGCCUGUAUCUUCUUCAACAAGGUCUACAUCAUCCUCUUCAAACCCUUCAGGAACACCAUCGAGGAAGUCCGAUGCAGCACCGCAGCCCACGCUUUUAAAGUGGCUGCAAAAGCUACGCUGAAACAUAAUACAGCUGCGAGAAAAAAGUCUGGCAGCAUCGGUGGAUCUUCUGCCUCGACUCCGUCCUCAUCCAUCAGCCUCAAGACCAACGGCAAUGACUGCGACGGGAAUUCAGGAAAGCACAAGCCAAGGGUGAGCUUUGGCAGUGGAACAGUUACUCUGUCCUUGAGCUUUGAGGAGUCGAGGAGGAGCUCUCUGAUGUGA